UUACAUUACUCCAUCUCUCUCUCUUCUCUCCCUAAAUGGAUAGUGUUUUCCAUCAUAAUUUAAGCUCCUGCUGCAAAUAAUUCUCCAAACCAAUGUCUCCAUUGUUUUGGAGACGUCUAGCUUCAUCUCAUAACUCCCACGCGUCCUUCUCUCUCUGCACCUCUUCUCCCUCUCACCCAAAAUGAAGUUUUUGUAGCAUUCCCCCUCUCCAAAACUCUCCCCUUUUCACCUCUCAGCAUUACCCCCAAUUCAAGAAAAGGGCCACCGAAAAAUCCAAUCUUGAAUCGAAAUGUCUCCUCCAUCUCUGUGGUGGGCGGCGAAGGAGACACACCGGGGCACGCCGGUGGUGGUGAAGAUGGAGAAUCCCAACAAUUGGUCCAUGGUGGAGCUCGAAUCCCCCUCCGACGACGACUUCCUCUGCCAAAACGACGCCGUCAAGGGAGGCCGCAACCGCAACGCCAAGCAGCUCACUUGGGUCCUCCUCCUCAGGGCCCACCGCGCCGCCGGCUGCCUCGCCUCCCUCACCUCCGCCGUCCGCCGCCGCGUCGCCUCUGGCCGCACCGACACCCCGGGGAAGUCGAGAUUCUUCUCCUGCAUCAAGGCCUUCCUGCUUCUGUCGCUCCUCCUUCUCGGUUUUGAGACGGCGGCCUACUUCAAAGGCUGGCAUUUCCGGCAGCCGGAUCUCCACCUCUACGACGUUAGGGGCGCCUUUGAUUGGCUCUACUCCACUUGGGUUUUGAUCAGGGUGGAGUAUCUCGCUCCGCCGCUGCAGCUCUUGACCACUGUUUGCAUAGUCCUCUUCCUUAUCCAGAGCUUGGAUAGGCUGAUUCUCUGCCUGGGUUGCCUCUGGAUCAAGCUGAGAAACAUUAAACCUCUUGCCAAACAUGGCAUUGUGGAUCUUGAGUCUGGCGAUGCUGAUGGCUAUUUCCCAAUGGUGCUAGUUCAGAUCCCUAUGUGCAAUGAGAAAGAGGUUUAUCAGCAAUCUAUUGCUGCUGUGUGCAAUUUGGAGUGGCCAAAGGGGAGAAUGUUGGUUCAAGUAUUGGAUGAUUCGGAUGAUCCGGUGACGCAGUCGAUGAUAAAGGAGGAUGUGCAUAAAUGGCAGCAAAAUGGUGCCAAUAUCAUAUACAGACAUAGAGUUAUUAGGGAUGGGUAUAAAGCAGGCAAUCUUAAGUCAGCCAUGAAUUGCAGUUAUGUCAAAGAUUACGAAUUUGUUGCCAUUUUCGACGCUGAUUUCCAGCCCAAUCCCGACUUUCUGAUGAGAACCAUUCCUCACUUUAAGGAUAAUGAGGAGGUAGGAUUGGUUCAGGCAAGGUGGUCAUUUGUGAACAGGGAAGAGAAUCUGCUUACGCGGUUGCAGCUGAUUAAUCUGGCUUUUCACUUUGAGGUUGAGCAGCAGGUUAAUGGGAUUUUCUUGAAUUUCUUCGGUUUCAAUGGGACUGCUGGUAUAUGGAGGAUAAAGGCGUUGGAGGAGUCGGGCGGGUGGUUGGAGAGGACCACUGUCGAGGAUAUGGAUAUUGCUGUUCGCGCUCAUCUUCAUGGAUGGAAGUUCGUUUUCCUCAACGAUGUUGAGUGCCAGUGUGAACUGCCCGAGUCGUACGAGGCUUACCGGAAGCAGCAGCACAGAUGGCAUUCCGGGCCAAUGCAGCUCUUCCGCCUCUGUUUGCCUGCCAUUAUUCGAUCAGAGAUAAGCAUUUUGAAGAAGGCCAAUAUAAUAUUCCUAUUUUUCCUUCUCAGAAAAUUGAUACUCCCAUUUUACUCAUUCACACUUUUCUGCAUCAUUCUCCCCAUGACCAUGUUCAUCCCAGAGGCGACGCUCCCGUCGUGGGUCGUUUGCUACAUACCGGCCACCAUGUCGUUUCUCAACAUACUCCCGUCUCCAAAGUCGUUCCCAUUCAUCGUCCCUUACCUCCUCUUCGAGAACACCAUGUCCGUGACCAAAUUCAAUGCCAUGAUCUCCGGCCUCUUCCAGCUCGGGAGCGCAUACGAGUGGGUUGUCACCAAGAAAUCGGGGCGCUCCUCCGAGGGCGACCUCAUAUCCCUUGCCGAGAAGGAGCAGUCCCCCGCACCGCCCCACAGGAACAACUCGGAGCCUAAUCUAGACGAGAUGCGUGAGGAGAUAAUGCAGCAGGAGCAGCUCGCGGCUGAAAAGAAGAAAAAGAAGAAGCACAACCGGAUUUACACGAAAGAGCUGGCGCUCGCGUUCCUUCUGCUCACAGCUUCGGCGAGAAGCCUUCUGUCGGCUCAAGGUAUCCACUUUUACUUCCUGCUCUUCCAAGGGAUAUCGUUCUUGCUCGUUGGCCUAGAUUUGAUCGGUGAGCAAGUCGAGUAGGGUGGAAACGUGCCAUAGCAAUGUAAAUCAGUAGGAAAAAUCGUCUUUGGAUCGGAAUGUGGAUACUUGAGAUUAAGCUUAUAUUAUACGACACGAACUUGGACACGAGAAACCCGUAAUUGUGUGGGAUGAAAGUCGCCUUCUCCCCUCAUCGGGCACGCCUUAUAGUAGAUGGUGCAGGAUGGGAUGAUCUCUCCUUGAAGGAGAAGUGAAAGGGAAAAUAGAGACAGAUCACCAGAUCCAUUGUUAGUUUUCUUGUUUGGAUUAUUUUGUUUUUUUUCUAGUAGUAAAAUUCCUUUGUAAGAAGAAUUUGUGUUCACUCACAGCUGAGGGAUUUAGGAAAAUAGUGAUCUGAUAAAAUAUGAUUCACUUGUUUAGGUGUGGAUGGAGAUCCAUCUAUGUAUCUCUCUAUCUUACCUCACUUUGUUAGAUGGUAUAUAUAAUAAUAAAUCCAUUUGUCUUCCAA